AUGUUUAAUAAAAGUGUUAGUGAAGAUUUCGAACAGGCCAGAAAAGAUUUUAAUUAUGCUUUAGAAGAGCUUGUCACGCCUUCACAACACAUUAUAGGGGCUCUGUCUAUGUUAUGCGACGAGAACUCCCGGUAUGCAACUGUCUACGUUGAGUGCAUUGUCAAGCGUAUUAGGAAAGUAGACAGAGAUCUAAAACUGCCUUCUAUAUAUCUCAUUGAUUCCGUGAUUAAGAAUGCGCCUCACUAUCGUAAACUUUUUGAACCUGAAAUAGUUUCUGUUAUGGGCGAAGCUUACCGUUGCGUAGACGAGCGCACCAAAUUAUUAAUUCUAAAGGUUCGGCAAACCUGGAACGGGAUUUUCUCGGCUGACAUUCUCAAUCGCCUUGAUGCUGUUUUAAGGCCACACACUGCUAAAAAUGGCCUUCCCUCCUCGAAAAGCAGCAUUUAUAUAAACCCCGACUUUGGGAAAUCUUCCACCCGAAAUUUUGACAGGCUCAGCAGGCCCCUUGGGCCUCCAUCCACGCGACAAGCACAUAAAAUUUCUCCUAGCCGGCUCUCUAAAAAGGAGCGUGAUACUCGACAUUUUUUCGGGAUCCCGCUCGAAGCAGCUGGAGCUGGAAGGAGCGCUCCUUGCCGACAAAGAUAAAGUCGGCUAUAAGCGUAGUCAUAGAGUUUUUGGCGUGACUCCAUC